AUGCAAUUUGACCAAGACUUUGGCCCUUGGUGCAAUGAUUAGAUAACACCAAGAUCGCGAUAGAAUUACUCUCAUAAGACUUCAUCAAAUAAAAAUAUAAGCGAAAUCAAUACCGUUUAAAAGAAUUUUCAUAACAUCAACUCUACAAAGAGAUCUCAAUUUCCAAAACUUAAAUUAAACAAUAUUUCUCCUCAAGUGUAGACAAGAAGAUCAUCUAACAACGUUUCAGUGAAGAAAAAGGAAGAAUAAGCUGAACAAUAGACUUUACCUAAAUUACAAAAUAAAGCUCUAUUAUAGUUAAAAAUACUAAGACAUAGACAUACAGAAAUAAAUGUGGUUUCAUAAAUUGAAAAUAUUAUAAGGAGAAAUUUAUUUUAUAUUCCAACACGCAAAUAUUCAAUGAUAGAUUGA